AUGAAUAAAGGAUAUAUUAAUAUUGUUUUGGCACUUUUAAGUGUCCUAGGAUUUAUAAAAAUUAUAGAAUUUGUAAACGAAAGGAAGACAAUCACCAUAUCUUCAAAUGAAGAAAAUAUGGACGGAUUUCCUAUCUCCCCUAAUGAAGCUAAACAAGCAAUAGAUGUUAUGGCCGAGGCUUUAUAUGUUGCAAAAAAACAUGCCAUACAUACAAAUGAUUAUGAAUUAUAUUCUAAGGACGAUGAUGGAGCAAUUCUAUAUUUUAAGAGAGUAAACGAUACUGACAUUGGAAAGCUUGAACUUACAAUCCCCAACCCCAAUAAUUAUGCUGAUAUAGUAAACAAGCUAUGGAAUAUCAAUGGUGCGAAGAAUUUCGAUGAUGAAUUCAUUGAAGGACGCGCUUCUCGAAUAUACGAUCAAAAUUUAUUAAUUGUACAACAACGUUACAAAAGUCAUCUUAAAACUUGGCAAAGAUAUUAUCAUGCAUUGGCCAACAAAGUUGAAUUAUCAAAAGACGAAACCGCAAUACUCUUGGUCUCAUCAGAUAUGAAUGAUCAUUAUCGUGGUUCCAAACGAAAAUAUGUAAAUCCUAUAGUAAAAAGUGCAAACACAUUCAAACCCGAUAUUUAUUCUCAAAAAGAUAUUAGAAAAGGAAAAAUAUUCAAAAUGUAUGUUAACUUAGUAGCUUUUUUCAUUAAAAAGGAAACUGACUGCGUUAAAGUUACCUAUAUCAGCUCUAUUAAUCUAAAUUUUCAUCCCAAAUCCGCAUAUGAAUUUAUUAAAAAAGUGAAAGCCAAAAAUAUUUUAAAAUUUAUCAACUUAAAGAAUAAUUUUAAAAAGUAA